CUCGCAUUUCGCAGAUAGAGAGAGAGAGAGAGAGAGAUUCUCUCGGCUGGGAUGAAAUCGUCGCAGCGAUCGAGCAGAGCAGGAAUGGUGACCGCCAAGGCGAAGGUCAAAGGAGGCCUGAAUCCGUUCGCGGAGGAAUCCUCCAAGAAGAAGAACGCAGUCUGCGCCGGGAAGUUCAAGGUUUACACGGAUGCCGGGGAACUCGGUACUGAUCAAGCUGCGGCGGACAGAUUAAAAUCUGCGCAGGCAAAUUCAAGGUUUAGCGUGCCUCCACGAAAAACAUCAAUGACAGCUAACAAAGGCGUCAGUGGGACUACUGUUGGUUUUGAGAACCAAAAGAAGACCGCUAGUAAAAAUGAUGCUUCUGGCAAAGCAAAUAUAAGAAGAAAAGCUUUGGCUGAUGUUAGCAAUGUUCGAAAAAGUGAUGUUUCCGAUAAAGUUGUUUGCGAUGGGUCCAAACCAAUGAAGUACAAAAGUGAGGGCUUCCCAUCUUUGCAUCGUGUUUCGGUGGAUCCAAGCAUUAGGAAAGCAGGAGUUGCGAAAAAGAAAUCCUUUGUGGUGGGAAAAGCGAGAGAACAAAUGAAUCAAAGGAAUGAAGAGCCUCCUACAGUGAAGAGAGAAGUUAAUACUGCUAGUGCUUCUCAAAGAGUCGUAAACAAGGGGCCAUUUCAUGAUCAUAGCAUCACUGAACAAAGGACUCGAAUUAAUGCUACAUUAACAAGGAAAUCUUUGCCAGUGUUGAGGAGGAACAGCCAGGAAAAUUCUGAAAGUACUGCUAAGAGAAACGGCAGAAGUGCUAUACCCACCAAGAUGAAAGGCGGUCAUAAAGUACUUCCACGUGUGAGCAAUCUUACAAGCCAUGUCGCAAGUACAAGGGCAGGUGGUUGCACAAUGAUGGGUCCAAGGUUUCAAUCUACUGUCGGUGCAUCUUCAAGAAAACAUUCUGAGGGAGUUGUUAACAACGCAAUUGGGGCUUCAAAUGCUCAAAGGACCUCAACAUCUAAGGAUGUAAAGAUUGCAGACAAAUCUGUCAAUGGAGUAUCAUUUGAAAAAGAGACAGAAGUGUCAGUUCCUCUUACAGAGAAUACACUUCAACUGGACAAGGAAGUGAUAUCAUCAAGUAAUAUCAUCCACUCUGGUGGAAGUACAUCAGGUUUCAUUGCCAAGAAAAAACCACAGCGGAGGAGAUCUUAUACAUCUCUUUUGAUGGCUAGAUCAAAGUUCCUCGGCGAAAAUGGUGAAGUCUUAAAGCUGGAAAAAUUACCAAGCAUAGACGAUUCCAGCAAUCAACUUGAAGUUGCUGAAUAUGUUGAUGAUAUAUACGAAUAUUAUUGGAAUACUGAGGCAUAUAGUGCAGGUUUGGCAAAUUACAUGUCAAUUCAAACAGACAUUACACCCAAAAUGAGAGCCAUAUUGAUAAAUUGGCUCAUUGAGGUACACUUCAAAUUUGAUUUAAUGCAUGAGACACUUUAUCUCAUGGUGACACUGCUAGACCGGUAUCUAUCUCAAGUAUCAAUCCAGAAGAAAGAGAUGCAGUUGGUUGGUCUCACUGCACUUUUGCUGUCAUCUAAAUAUGAAGACUUUUGGCAUCCUAGGAUAAAAGACCUCAUCAGCAUCUCAGCAGAGUCCUACACAAGAGAGCAAAUGCUAGGGAUGGAAAAAUCAAUCUUAAAGCAGCUGAAAUUUCGUCUGAAUUUGCCUACUCCUUAUGUUUUCAUGCUGAGGUUUCUCAAAGCUGCUCAUUCAGACAAAAAGCUUGAACACCUAGCAUUUUAUCUUAUCGAGCUUUGCUUGGUGGAAUACGAGGCGUUGGAGUUCAAGCCUUCACUGCUAUGUGCAUCGGCUUUAUACGUUGCAAGGUGUACGCUACAGAUGUCUCCAGCUUGGACACCGCUGCUCAUCAGACAUGCACGCUAUGAAGUGUCCCAAAUCAGAGUAUGUGCAGAGAUGAUACUGAGAUUUCAUAAAGCUGCUAGACUGGCGCAGUUGAAGGUCACGUAUGAGAAGUAUCUGGGGUCAGACCUCGGUUGUGUUGCAGCGAUAAAACCAUUGGAUGAGCUUCCUUUUUAAUUUGGCUCAUUUUGAUUCUUUCUGCUUCAUGACGUGAUUUCUAAAAUUCUAUACAGCUAAGAAAGCUGAUGUGCUAGGUAAGUUUACUCCUUGAAAUUCGCAUUAUCCCUCUAUUCAUUCUAAUAUUUGGGUACUUUCUGUUACCUGACGGGCUAAUCCGCAUUGCUGUACAUCUUGU